AUGUACGCCGCGCUGGGGUGCGUCGCGGUGGUGUUGGUGUUGGCGCUGUUCGUGCAGAAGCGCCGCCGGAGUUAUGAGGCCUCACAGUGCGAGUGCGCGCAGUCGGCGAGGUUGUUUGCGCCCGAACUCCUCGCCCCCGAGCUCGUGCUCACCACCGGAGCCCCGAAACCGGUGCAGCCGACGGUGAAGAACAAGCUGACGAACGCGAUACACUGGAAGAGCGCGUCCCAGCAAGUCAUCGACUCUCUAAAACCGGAUGUCGUCGCUGAGAAUCGAGGAAAACUAAACUUUUCUUUGUCGUAUGACAAGGAAUCUUCGACGCUUCAUGUUCAUGUCCUCGAGGCGCUUCAGCUUCCGAUUCGGGAUUUUACAGGAAGUUCCGAUCCCUACGUCCGCGUCUUCCUGAUGCAAUACCCUAGACAGUGGGAGCGGACAAAGGUUCAUCGCCGAAACCUCAGCCCGAAGUUCAACGAGACAUUGUCUUUCCCGGGCCAUUCGAUGAAGAAGCUGCACGACAUGACGCUCGUGAUGCAAGUGAUGGACUUUGACCGGUUCUCGGCUGAUGAUCCUAUUGGCGAGAUCCUGCUCCCGAUGAAAUCGGUCAAGUUCGAGCACAGCCCCGUGUACUGGAAACAUUUGCAACGACCUACCGUCAGCAAGGAACAAUGCGGUGAGGUCAUGCUCUCACUCUGCUACCUCCCCGAGCACAACAAAAUUACCGUCUCCGUCAUCCGGGCCAAGGAGCUUCCGGCGAAGGACAAGCUGGCUGGGAGUUCUGACCCCUACGUGAAGCUUUGGCUCGUCCAGCAGGGCAACAAGAUGGAGAAGAGGAGAACGGCUGUUAAAUCGCAGACCCUUAUGCCUAUCUUCAAUGAAUCGUUCGCGUUUCCGGUGCCGAAUAAAGAUAUGCUGACGGCUGAUGUGAACUUGGUGGCUACGGUAAUGGACUACGACCUAAUCGGAGCAAACGACGAGAUCGGGCACGCCAUCUUGGGGCCUCUGGGAUCGGAGCUCGGAGCGCAACACUGGAAACAGAUGCUCGACCACCCCGAGACCCCAGUCGCUCACUGGCACAAGUUGAACCCAAAGUGG